GAUAAAGAGCCUGAGGUGUGAGCUUAAAAGUCCAGUGGCCAAAGUCCACUAGGUUGUAAGUGUAAGGGUAGCACUGAAGGGGCCUGCACAGGCAGGGUAGCACUGGAGGGGUCUUCUGGAGGCUCAUGCCCUCUGCUGGAUGCUGAGCCUUGGUCUCCCACCUGGAGCUGUGACAAUAGGAAUUUUGGUUAAUUACUGACUGGGCUGCUGGGAAUGCUGAUAGAUCUCUCUGACUCAUUAUCGAAGGCUUUUAGAGCUAGCUCCUGAAAGGCAGAUUCCAGCAAAUGGUGUUAAUUGCAGGACCUCAGGGGUGGAGGGGCCACCCAGUGCCUCUGGGCGCCUCAGUGUGCCAGGGCUACUGCUGGAAUGAACUGCUGGGCUGGAAUUCUGCGCAGGAAAUUGUUGGGUCUGACCCAGGGCUGGCCACGCUUGAAAGGAGUAGCACUGGAAACCUGGAUUUUGAGAUGGGAGAGGCUAGUGGUAACAGGCCGAGCUGGAUGGAUGGGUAUGGGGAGAGGGGCAGGACCUUCAGCCCUGGGAUUCUGGCCGACCCUCGCCUUCCUUCUCUACAGCUUCCCGGCAGCCGUCUCCCCGUGCAAGAUCCUCAGGUGCAACUCUGAGUUCUGGAGCGCCACGUCGGGCAGCCACGUCCCCGCGUCCGACGACGCCCCCGAGUUCUGCGCUGCCCUGCGCACCUACGCCCUGUGCACCCGGCGCACGGCCCGCACCUGCCGGGGCGACCUGGCCUAUCACUCAGCCGUCCAUGGCAUAGAGGACCUCAUGAGCCAGCACAACUGCUCCAAGGAUGGUCCCACCUCGCAGCCACGCCUGCGCACGCUCCCGCCGGCGGGGGACAGCCAGGAGCGCUCGGACAGCCCCGAGAUCUGCCACUAUGAGAGGGGCUUCCACAAGCUCUCGGCUGCCCCCAACUACACGCACUGCGGCCUCUUUGGGGACCCGCACCUCAGGACUUUCACAGACCGCUUCCAGACCUGCAAGGUGCAGGGCGCCUGGCCACUCAUUGACAAUGAUUACCUGAACGUGCAGGUCACCAACACACCCGUGCUGCCCGGCUCAGCCGCCACCGCCACCAGCAAGCUCACCAUCAUCUUCAAGAAUUUCCAGGAGUGCGUGGACCAGAAGGUGUACCAGGCUGAGAUGGAUGAGCUCCCGGCCGCUUUUGCCGAUGGUUCCAAGAAUGGUGGGGAGAAGCACGGAGCCAACAGCCUGAAAAUCACUGAGAAAGUGUCAGGCCAGCACGUGGAGAUCCAGGCGAAGUACAUCGGCACCACCAUCGUCGUGCGCCAGGUGGGCCGCUACCUGACCUUUGCCGUCCGCAUGCCGGAGGAGGUGGUCAACGCUGUGGAGGACAAGGAUGGCCAGGGCCUCUACCUCUGCCUGCGGGGCUGCCCGCUCAACCAGCAGAUCGACUUCCAGGCCUUCCACGCCAAUGCUGAGGGCCCCGGUCAGCGCAGGCCAGCCGCCAACAGCGCGGUGCCCCUGGCCCCUGGGACAUUCCCGUACGAGACAGCUGUGGCCAAGUGCAAGGAGAAGCUGCCUGUGGAGGACCUGUACUACCAGGCCUGCGUGUUCGACCUUCUCACCACGGGAGACGUGAAUUUCACGCUGGCUGCCUACUAUGCCUUGGAGGAUGUCAAGAUGCUCCACUCCAACAAGGACAAACUGCACCUGUAUGAAAGGACUCGGGAGCCGCCAGGCGGGGUGGCCGCGGCAGCACCACUCCUGGAUCCCCGGCCGCUCUUCAGCACCCUCGGGGUCCUUGCUCUGCUGCCUGUGUUCUGUUAGGCAGCUGCCACUUAGGAUGAGAAGGGAGGCAUGAGCUCUGCCCCAGCCUCGGGCUCCUGCCUGAGGGUCAGAGACACUGGCAGGUGUGUCUCCUGUGGCCCAGCUGGCUCUGUAGCACUCAGGAGCAGAAGUGACCAGUGGCCCACGGAUGGUUCCCUCAGAGCCACUCUGGGCCGUGUCUAGCAAGGGUUUGGGGCAUGGGGUGACCCUCCCCUCUCUCUAGUGCACGUGACAAGGUUGUGGUGAUUGGUGCUGUGAUGUUUGUGACAGUAGAGCUGUGAGAGGGAGAGCAGCUCCCCUCCACCCCACCCCUGCAGAGUGAAUGUUCAAACCAGAGCCCCUAGGCUGAAGCCCCCAACCCCACCAGAGAGACACUGGGAACGAUAGCGUCAGCCUCUUCCACCCCCCUCGCAAUGCACUGAGACAGGCCCGGCUGACUGCUGCACGCCGACUUGUGGGGCCCCCUGCGCCCGCCGCAUGCACACACGCUCUUCCACAAGCACACUCGCACACACUAAGCCUGUGGGGUUGCACCCCGGCUGAGCCACCAUCUCCAUGGGACUGAGGCAUCAGCAAGGCUCUGUCUCCGGGCAAGGCCUCCUUAACAAUGAGACAGCCCCAGAGGGCACUGCUCAGCCAAGGUGGAUGUAACCUUGUGGCCAACGGACUGUGCCCUUCUGGUGCCUUCCCACCUGUGGCCUCCAUGGAGCUUGGAGGAGACCGUCCAUGUGGUGCUGUGGGCGUGGGUUUCCCAGGCACCUGCCUCAGUGGAGGAUGCAUGUUGACCCAUGGUCUGAGCAAUGCCCCUUGUGGGCCCUGGUGCCUGGCUCUGACUCCACCCUCCACCCUCCACCCCUCCCCACUGUGCUUAGGAAAUCGAAGUUGCUUGGUUCCAAAUGUCUAAACAGAAGUGAUCCCCAGUCCUCCUUGGUCCCCUCCAGCAAAUGCAAGAGCCCCUGGGCUGCAGGGUGUGAUCAGGAGACCCAGUUGAUAGAGCCAGCUGGCCUGCUGUAUGCUCUGCCCCUCACCUUCCUGCCAGACAUCCCCGCCUCCGGCUGCUGGUCAGAAGCCCCACUCCCCGCCCAGUCCACCCAUGCCUGGAUUCUGUGAAAGGAGCAGGGUCUUAGAGGCCUUACUCCCCCACAGCCCCAAGCAUACCUGGCAGGAUCUCCUCCCAUGGAGCCCAGAACCAAGCCCACCCUGCUGCCUGUCUGAGGCGCCCAGAGAGCAACACAGGCGCUCCCUGGCCCCUGUAGGCCAUCCUGCCAGCAGCCCUGCAGCCUACCCCAUUCCCACUCAGCAUCUGCAGCAGCCCCCUCCUCCACUGCUCCCCAGGGACCUCUCAUACACUGGCCAGGAGGCUGCAGAAUCUGCCUCUCCCCCUCCCUCCAAGAGGUCCUGCUCCCCGCCCCCCACCAAAACCAUGUGGGUGGCCAGGAGGGGGCUUGGCCCAGCCCCUCCCUCUCCCUGCUGGUUUUUUAGAUGAUCCCUAGGUUGGAAGUAAAAAGUUGAAGCACUUUAUUUUGGUUGUGUUUGAUCACGUUCUGCUUGGAAAUGGGGACCCCCUCACUGAGUCCAUGUGUCUGUGACCUGUGUGGAGUGUCACCACGUGUACAUAACUGUAAAUUAUUUAUUAAUGGCUAAACGCAAGUAAAGUUUGGUUUUUUUGUUUUGUUAUUUUCUUUUAGAUGAGAUGUUGGAUUUUGUGUCUGAACACUUUGGUUCCCUGGUGGUGGCGGGGAAUGAUUUUGGUGAUGGAUGUCCCUUUAUAGUGAGUGUGCUGGCAGGGUGGAUGGUGUGUGGGUGUGCCUGAGUGUCGUGAACACAUGGAAAGUACAACAACAUAACACCCAGAGUGUUUUGCUUCUCUAAAAUUACCUUUUAAAAAUAUUAUUACCAUGAGUAGGUUGGGGGUCUGGUGGAUCCAUCUCUAGAGACAUACAGACCAGUGGCCACACAGUAGAGCAACAGAACUAUCUUCUGGGACAAGGUUGGGGAAGUUGGGCAGCUGGCCUGACAUCCACGAUGACUCCUCAGCCAACACCACCAGUCUAGGGAGCCCCAGGCCUGAGACUUGCUACCACCAACCCUGUGGGUCCCCUCCUCACCCACAGCCCAGUGGUCAGGUGAUGGCACUGUAGAGGGGACCACUGUCCACACCAGUGUGGGGCCAGUUUCACUACUGGCUGUGAUCACAUUUCAUUCCUAGAAACUACCCAGUGGGUCAGGAAUGAAUUUGAGCCCAUUUUACAGAUAACACAGAGACUGGCGCCAUGAACUGACUUGGCAAGGGUUAUGUAGCAAGAGUAGACCCAAGGUGGACCUAAGUGUUGUCCUGGAGUCCCCGGCUCCUGGCACUAAAUGUCAGGAGGAAGAAUAGUAGUAUAGUUAAACCAAGGUCCAGCCCCACGUCUUCACUUUCUCAAAUCUGUGGCUUUGGGCAAGUCAUUUAACCUCUCUGAGCUUGGUCAGGUCUUCUCUGUAAAGUGGGGAGUGCCUGUCACACAGGGUUUGGCAACUCAGUAUAAUCACAGCUGCAGAGUGGCCCACUAUGGCUACCUAGAGCUGCUGGUGGUGGUAUUCCCAAAGCAAGAGAGUUUGGAUGAGUGAAAAGCAGGGUGGGCCACACAGACCUUAGGAGCCUGGGAGAGAGUGUUUAUAGUGAUCCCAGGUGGAACAACCAAACAAAUAGGGAAGAACUUUCUAGAGCCCUGCUCUUCAGUAGGCUCCCAGAGAAGGCGUGAGGAUUGGGUUUGAGAGUUAGGAACCAGACCCAGAGCAAAAUAUCCCCACACGCCCUACCUACUACAUUGUCAGUACACACAGGCCUCACUCUCAGCUGAACAGCACCAAGGUAACAGAGCCUUUGGCAGAGAACAGAUCAAGGAGAAGCCAAGUCACAGGGCAAGGGAAAGAGGUCUCAUUCUCCAUCAGAUGAAAAUGCUGUAUGGCACUUGCCAGAAAAUAUUUCUGGUUUGGAAUUUUGUCAGGGUCCUAAAUUUAACCAGCAGGAAUUUGUUCCCAAGUACCAUGUUACUAGCUGCCCUCAUAAACAUGGAAAUUUGCAUUUCAUCCUGAGUAUGGAACAUAAUGUCUGGAGCCAAAUGACUCCCAAGGUCAUCUUGCAGUGUAGACUGGGUUUGGUGUAGACCCUCAGGGAGGCCCGUUAGUCUGGGAGGUGAAGGCACUGAAAGUGGUGGGAACUCUCGGAUGGGGGCUGGGAAGCUGGCUCAGUGAUAGAGCACUUGCCUAGCAGGCUCACGACCCUGGGAUCCUGGGCUUAACCCCCCAGCCACUGCAAAAACAAUGUACUCAGAGUUCUUGUUUGGCGAGCCAGAAUUUGGAUAGAAGGAUAGAAGGCAGAGAAAGGACUAUUAAAACAAAUGCAAUUCAUUUAUAAUAAAGGGGGAAAUUGACAUAAAAUAAUUACCAGUACACUUGGGCAGAGGCCCAUGAGCCAGGCAUGAGUGGAGUUGAUCAGUCACGCCAGGAAGCAGCACAGAACAGGAGGUGGCAACUGGGCUCGGGCAGCAGACCGAGUGUGGAAACUGGCUCUGCCUGUCACUAGCUGUGUGGUCUCCCUUGGAUCUUUGAGCCUUAGAUUUCUAAUUUGUAGAAUGCAAUUGUGAGUACCUGCCUCCCAUGGUCAUUAUGGAAAUCCAGUGAGCUCGCACUCAUAAAUUGCCUCACACUUGGACCCUGACAGUUAGGAAGGCCACCAAAAGUGAAGGUCCAAUCCCUUUGUGAUCAGAUGUAUUCAUUUGGUAACCCUACUUGCAUGAGCCCAGCCUACAGUAGGGACCCAAACAGAACAUGCUGUAUUCCCACUAGGGAUAUAAGCCAAUAAACUAAUGUCCCAUGGUGACAAGUGCCAGGAAGAAAGGAAAGCAGGUUAGUUCUCAGAGAGAUGCAUGUUGGAUUAAGGAAAGGGAAGGAGGGCUCACUGCAUGACUUUGGGGAACAAGUCGUUCCAAGAAGUGAGAGUAUGUUCCACAUAGACCUCAGUGAACCACGCAGACCUGGUACAGCACAGCCCAGAGGGACAGUUAAGGGAAAGCAGAAAGUCAAUGUGACUCCAGGACAGCAAGUGGACAGGUGGAGGUUCAAGGAGAGCACCAUAGCAUGACAGAGGGAAGGCAUGGUGUUUUAUUCCAAUUACCUGAGGCGACCACAGGGGUCCCUGUGCAGGGAACCAGUGUGUCUGACCAGGAUCUCAGUGGAGUUUCAGCUGCUGGAUGGAGCAAAGCCAUCAAGGAGAGAGAGAAAGCCACAGGCUACAAUAGCUCAAGGCCAGCUGGAGGCAGUGGUAGUGUCAGAAAGGACCUGACGCAAAG